AUGACUCAAUUUUCUGCUGAAUGUAACACUAAAAGCAUACGUUAUAGAGGAAAAUCUGUUCACAGUCAUUUUUUUCUUCAGACCAUGAUGGCAUCGGAGGCAUUAGAGCUUUCCUCAGCAGGUAGGGAUAUCCCAGGGCAUCCAGAUUAUAGGCGACUUCAUUCAGAGGAAAACACGGCGGCCACAAAAAGGCCUGGAAUAAAGAAAUCUAUAUCAUGGGGAAACCGAUCAGAUGCGAUGAGAACGUUGUCUUUUCAACGUAAGUUUAUCUUGUGGUGAAUGUUAGAGAAACACAGCACAAUUCCUUUGUAAAUUAAAAAUGUUGUGUUAUGGACUAACAUCAAUAAAUUGUAGUUAACUUAUUAGUGUCAUCAGACUUCCCUAAUUCAAAUUCUGUUCACUCCUUAAAACCUCAAUAGAUGUUAAUAUUAUUGCUUGAUGGUACAUGUACUGUAAUAUGAAGUUGGCCUUAAAAUCAGUUACCUCUUAUAAGCAAGAGUUUUCUCUGGCACAAUACCAUUAUUUUUUUUCCUUAGCUUAUUUAAUUGAGUCUCAGUAAUAAUUUAUAUUCCAUAGUAAUUACUCAUCCCUUUGUUCCUGACCUAAGCACCAACACAACUCACAAUACAAUUAGUCAGUCUGGUGACAAAAUGUAAGAAAGAUUUUUAUAUUAGAAUGAUUUUAUCAUAUUACCAAGACUAGUGUUUGUCUAAUGCUGCAUGUUACCAGCUAGAGUUACUUGUACCUUGGGUACAAUUUUGGGUAGCAGUGAAUAGAAUGAACAGUCAACUUUCAUGAUUGCUGGCAUCCUCAGUAAUACUCCAGGCAGAUACGUAAUAAGGGGAACUACAUGUGGGAGAACAACUUUCCCAGAAAACAUUUGUAUUCAAGGAAUGACAUUUAACAACAAUCUUGAUUGACCUGCAUUAGAAGAAAGAUAAAUCCAAACAAGAAGACAAAAAUGAAAGUCAGUAAAGUAUGACAUUUUGUCUGAAUGUUGAAAGAUACUGCUCGGUGCCGGCCAAACGCUGAAAUUGUACUUUUGGGACCAAAAAAGCAUCUGUGUGUCUGUAAUGGCGAGACUCUGUGAUAGUGGAAGUUUGUUUUACGGUGAAACAUUUAUAAGUUUUACACAACUAGUUUCAGUUAUAGCGAGCUGUCUGCAAGGCAAGACUUGCCUGUAAUUUAAGAUACAUUGACAGCAGAUCCAGGGCUCAAGAAAAGUUCCUUCCAGUAGUGAUAUUAGUGAACAACAUCAAUCUUCUCCUAAUGAUAUCCAGGGAUUGUCAAGAGCAAAGUCUAGAGGAAUUAAUAAAAUGAUCACAAAGACAAAAAUUCUUGAUCUGUUAUCAAAUUCUUCCAACUAGUUCUAAUAGGAAACGUAUAGAGAUCAGUUAGGAGAAUUUGUAUGUUGAUAUUGGGACUUAAAGGGUUAACUAAGCCAGCAAGAAGUGGCCCUGGACAAGCAAAGGACAAUCUUGAAUCCAAUUUUUUUUGAGCCCCGAGACCAGCCAAUAUCGUAGUUGAAAUUUGCUCCCAUCUGCUGAAAUCCUGCACAAAUUGAACACCAAAGACUAUAGGCGAAUCUUUGCUGAUUUCAUUGGUUAUAUUUUUGGUCAUUAGCAUACAAACUCAUAGAGGGUGUCACCAUAUGCACAAAUUAAAUUCAAAAGUUGAAAGAGUUGGUUAAUUUGAGCAAUUUGUGCAAUUUUCAGCUCUUUGCAAGCGGAAACAAAGGAAAUAGUAGCCACCAAAUACUGCGAAGUUGCUGGGUGGCAAAAGCAUCAAUGAGCCUAUACAUUCUUUGUACAGUUUCGACUUUUUCAAAGACAAAAUAAUUUAUCUGAAAAUAUUCCGUAUUCUGAGGCUCAAAUUUUCACAGAUAACAGAAAUUGUUAUGCUCUUUAAAUAUUCAGAGAGUUUAUUUUAAUAGCUUGAUCAGAGAGUGAAAGGUAUAUGCUACUGAAGCAAAAAAUGUAAACAAAGAUUGGCCUAUUCCUCUGAAGUGAAGACUUAUAUAGUAUUUACGGAAGUACAUGUGUUAAAAUUCAACAUUACAGCAACAUUACAGCUUUGUGCUUUGUUUAACUUAAAUGGUCUCCUCACUGGUUGGCCAUAUGUCCUACUAUAGAAGAAAUGAUUUCCAGCCGUGAUGUGGUGUAAAUGCUAAUACAUGUAGUUGUACAUCAUUGUAGUAAAACUUCUAUGUCUGUUUUUUUUUUUUUAUGUGUAGCACUGACAGUCGCCGUGUUCUUAGUGGAGAAGUCAGGUCGUCUGCUUAAUCUUGAGGAAGGAAGAAAUACCAUAGCUGGAACAAUAAACACAAUCAUGGCAGAGAAUCUCUCGCUUCCACCUGUCGCUUCACAAGUGUUCUGUGUCUGGCUUAUUUCUCCUCUGCUGCGUAAGUGGAAUUUUUGCAUAUUUCUAAAAACAACUCAUGUUAUAAUUCAGUUGAGGUCUUCAUCUCUCUGUUCCCCUCUGAAGUAAAGAACUUUCCACUCUGUUAAUGCAGUUUCUUCGAGCGCAUGCAUGCAUACUUGAAAAGUUGCAACUGCAGAGCAAUCUGUUACCUUUGGAGCUUUCAGAGCACAUUUACUUUUCCUCAUUUACGUUUCUUAUAAAUACAUGUACAUGAAAAAAAUUGCCAACUUUGCACUGUAUUUUCCCACUUCUCUAAAAUAAGAGAUGUAAUUAAUGUCAAUCUGUGUUAUAUAUUGCACUCAGUUCUUGUACUGACUUCUUUUACAUACUGUUCAUUGUCAGUGGUUUUUAUUAUAAGUAUUAUCUCUUUCCCCUUUUUUAGAGCUACAAUUAAAAGAUCACCACCGCCCAUUCAGAUUACGGAAAGUAUGGGCAGAAUUACUGAAAAAGUUUACCGUUGUUACUGAUGAAGUUGCCGAAAAAGGUAAACUGCCUUUAAAAUGUCCAAGUUGUACAUUUAUCAUAAGGAUUACACUGUAUUUUGUUGUCAUAAAAAUCUUUUUUUUUUUUGUUUUUUCAGUGAUGACUAAUGUAAAUAUUUUUGACAGUUUACUUAGAUAAAUAUUUAUUUAAUGGUAUGACAUUGAGGCAAGGAAGCAAAUUAAACUGUACAAUAUUAAUUUCCCCCUCUUUAAAAAAUCCUCAAUAUACUGGAUAUGAUACACUAUUAAACUGGUAAAUCUAAUUUAUCCAUUAAUUUCAAUCCGCCUUUAAGGAUGAGAAUUGAUUCCAAAACACAACAUCAAGUGCCAAGAGAAAUAUUUAAUAUAUUAUUGUUAUUUUUGUUUUUGUUAAUCGUGCAGAUGAACCAAUUCUAUGCUAUCAGAGAAAUUCAUUUUUCCCACUUUCAGAGGAAAAGAGAGUAAGUAACAAUUAUUUUAUUUUUAUCAUAGUGAACUGUGUGGAAUUGUAAAGUACUUUAAAAUGUUAACCUAUUUUUUGACAUUCUGUUUCUAUUUUUACACAGAUAAAGGAUGAUAGAAUUAUCAAAAGGCUCUUUGAAGAGGUGAGUAACAUACCACCGUAGAAAUUGUGUAGAACAAAAUCUUAUCCUUAAAUUGAUGGGUUUAAUAUAUAAUAAAUUUCAAGCAAGGAAUGGAAUAGUUAAUAAAGCUGCUUCAUAGCCCCUUGUGUUCCUGGUAAUGUAAUAUUUUGAACAGUUUGGGAAUAGUCCUUCUCAAAUUGCUUCAUCUGCAGAAACUUGAAGCCUGCAUGACUUUUACUAACAUUUAUUGUUGCAAGUUGGUACUAGAAGUACUGGAUUUAAGCAAAAUGGGUUCUUUGAGUGCUAAAACGCUACCAUGAAGUAAUAAUGAAUUAUUUCUAGAUCCCUGUCAAUAUUCAAUGACGUUUCUGUUAUUUCUCACGUUGUUCAACAUUUUUUGUGUUUUGUGUUUUCCUUAUAGGCCAAAUAUAACAUCCUGAGUGGCAAUUACCCAAUAGCUGAGGAGGAUGCUCUUAUUCUCGGAGGAAUUCUUGCCUAUAUUGAAAAUGGACCAUUUGAUCCUAAAGAACACACUCCUGGUGUUUUCAAGUAAGUUUAAAUGAUAUUUAAUGCCAUUAACAACAAGGAGCAAGGUCACUUGUUGUCUAUUAGUGGUGAGUGUUGUGGCUAAAGCGCUGUCAGCCUUGUUUGCAUCAUGACUUCAUGUGCCUACUACAGUGUUUCUUGGCAGCCUCUCUCUUCGUUUAGCCUUUGGAUCAUUCUUUUAGCCCCAUCCUCCCCCCCCUUUUUUUUUCCAGUGAUAAAUCAUUGUGACAGGUGUCUGGUUGGACUGGCGUGGUAGCUCAUGGCUGGAAAGGGGCAGGUUUACCAGCCAUGGGGGCAUAACUCUGUCUAUAGGCUGGCUUUGCCAAAUUAAAGUGGAAGCCCCUGGACAUGCCGGGCACCCACCUCCACAAAGCAACGCAAAUGUUAAUGUUUAAUUUAGGUCACUGUUUUCAUAAUACUGUGAAGUUCAUGGAGGAGGAAGGUGAAGUGUCUGCACAGAAAUACUCACUCAUCAUUAACAUUUGCUUUGAGCCUGAAGUCACUUUGAAUUAUACUGCUUAGGAGACAUGCAGCUGUACUUUUGUUCAGUAAUAAUUCUUUGCUGACAUUAACUUUCAAAGUGUGCAAUGAGUUCUGAUGAACAAAGUUGGCUAAACUUCUGUGUAAUGAUCACUUAAACAUAACUUUUCCAUUUUAGAAACAAGUUAACAGAUUAUCUACCAGGAUGGCUUUGCAAAUCAAGCUGGUCUAUCCGUGGUAAAUACCCUCGAUUGUCUCUGGAAAACAAGCUUUUGCAGCAGUACGCAGAUGUUUCUGAGAAAGCAUCGGAUGUUAAAGCUUGCUACAAAAUGUUUCUGGCAUACUGCUGGGAUUUUCCAUUCUAUGGGUAUGUUGCAGUGAUUUUAUGCAAAUAGUUAUGGUGAGUCCUGGGACUCAUCUUGUGAAAAAUCAUGAGUUUCAGUCCAGACCCAUUGAGUCCCAAUUCAAAAACACGAGUCCCUGGGUCUUUAUGUAACCACACAGUUAAUCUAAAGACAAACUCCAAAACUCGGUAUUACAGUUUAGUGAAAUAAAAAUAUACUCCUUAAUUGUCAAGCACAACAAAGACUAAAAGGAAUAUGCACCAUUAAACAACAGUCACAGAACGGCCACAGAAAUCACACAAACAGGAUAUUCCACAAAAACAUCUUCAGUUCGAUCAACUGAUUUUUGCGUCUCACGGGAUGCAUAUGCGUGAGGGAUGCAGGACACAGAGGUAACAAAAUCGCAGAUGUUGCAGCCUGUUUAGUGCUAAGAGUGAUCAACAUCCAAUGUCUCCCUGGGGGGUAUUAAGGGUUUCCUGGAUGACAAUUAUUUUUGCAGAUCUCCUUCUUUUCUCAUUGCUUAACUUAUUUUUUGUUUCAACAGGAGCGUCUUUUUCCGAGGUCAGAUUGAACGUCCUUCUACUUCUCUGUUCUCUAACAUUUGGGGAAGUUCAGAUUUGCCAGUAAGAGUUGCCAUUAACAGGGAACGUCUUCAUGUAAUCGAUGACAACAAAAAUGUAUGUGGUGACUCUUAUACAUUAUUUCUUUUAUAAUCUUAGGCCCAGUUCCAAUGCCAUACCUCACAUGAGCUGAGUCAAAUUCAAUGAAUUAAGUUCAUGUGAAGUACAGUGCUGAGUCAAUACGAAACAGCUAAUUGUAUUUGGCUAAGUUCAGCCAUUCUUCUUGCCUUGCUCAGCCUGGAAUAACAGUUGUGGACGGCCAGUAUUUAUUCAGCUGCCAACCUUCACACAGGGUUGUUAAAAGUAACCCUGGCCAAAAUCACUGCCUACUUGGUUAGUAUUGGCCGGCUACUCUGCUUGGCAUUUCGUUAUGGAUGGCAUUAUUUUUUAAAACAGAAUAUCCCUGGACUUACUUUGACAACUCAGCCAUCUACUUCAAACCUUUCUGACAACCCUGCUUCACAUGAGACAAACCAAAUGCAUUAAUUUUUAUGCAUAUUUAUUUAAUUUUUUUUAAAUCAUGAUAGUAAGCUUGGGGAGUACUUACACCUGUACAUGUUUGUGCCCUGUGAUAAUCCGGUAUUGAAUUGUAAACUUUUCCUAAAACAUUCUGCUUUUGUCACAGUUUAGUAAAGUAAUUAUUAUUAUUAUACUAAAUUAAUUUUGACAAAAGCAGAAUUUUUUAUGUUUUUCAAAGACUCAUUUUUUGGGGGGGAUUACUUGGGUGAUACCCAUGAAUAGCACUACUCAUUUUUUGGCUACUUCUUUAAAAAAUUGUCGGCAGCCCUUGACUUAGUACCCAAGUUGUGCCAUUUAUUCAUUUAUGUUAUUUUAUUUUAUUCUGUUGUUGCCUCAAAGGACAUUCUUUUGAGCCUGGCAUUUGAUGAGCUGUCAUGGGACUACACUCCUGCCCCAGCUAUGGAGCCAGGCUGUUUGGAUACUUUCUGGUUAGAGUUUGACAUACCAGGCAAUAAUGGUCAGUCAUUAGAGGUACAACGCCUGCAGGUCUUUUCAAAACAGGUGAGCCUAGCUCUCUUCAGUUUGAAAUUUGAAGAACAUGGGUAUAUUUUAAGAAGAAGAACGUUACAUACUUUGCAAUGGAUUUAAAGUUUACUGCAUUGUUGUGUUUUUUUUUAAUUUCCAGGCUGAAAUGAUGGAUGCAAUGGUUCAGUCAUGUGUUUUUUGUGAUGACCCAGCAGGGUAAAUAAACCAGUCCUUUAUGUCCUAAGAAUGGCCAACAUCAAUUAAAUUGAUGUUGAUCAACGAUAGCGUUACUCGUCUGAUCCAUGUCAUUUGACAGAAAAAUAAUAGUUCAGAUCUUUCGAAGGGAUGCAAUAAUACGGCCUGUUGUCUUCAAGGAAUGGCUGACCAAGUCGUUCAAACGGCGUGAUGUCUUCAAUGAACGGGUGAUCAAGUCGUUUGAAUGGGUUGAUGUUUCUAACAAACAAGUGACCAAGUCAUUCCAACGGGUUGAUGUUUCUAACGAACGGGUGACAAAGCCAUUUGAACGAGCCGAUGUUUCUAGCGAACGUGUGACUAAGCCAUUCCAACAGCUGACAAACGGCUUGUAAAUGGGAAGCUAUUUGAAAACAGAAAGCCGUUAGGGUCAUUUUCACAUGGAAGGUCACAUUUUCUCUUAAAACAAUAUUAGUACAUAAUCAAAAGAAAGUUUAUGAGAAUUAAUGAAAUUAUCACCAAUGAAAAAUGGUUCGAUCUUUUACUACAUUAUUUUCUCUCAACUGCUUCUUUAAGAAAUGUAUAGAUAUUAGUCUAGAGAAUUAUAUUGUAGGUUUUGUUGAUUGAGGGGUAGUUGGUAGGGGUAAAAUAUUUUCAUAAUCAGUUAUUGUCGUGAUACAUAGCCUUAAUGUUGAAGUCAGCUAAGUGUAUUUCAAAAUCCACAGUGUUUAAUACUUUGUUUUGUUUUAGCUAAGGGUUUUCCUGUAACUAAUCUUUUGUUUACCCAUCACUUACAAUCAAUUUUCGUUUCUCUUCUUUUCUUGUUGUUUUAUGGAAACAGGGAUGGUCGCAGACAAGGUGAGUGUCAGUUUUGCUGUACAUGUUUAUUCUGUGUGGUCUAUGAACAUUAAUUGGCUUUUCUCCUAAUCCGUAAUUAAAAUUUUCUUUUUCGUUGUUUUUGGUCGUGUUAAUUAUAAUGUAUGAUAAUAGUUUAAAGGCUUGCAAAGGAAAAGAAAAUUUGAGCUAAGGUUAAAAUUGAACCGUAACUACAGCGUGCAAAGAAAGUGGUGUCCUAUAGCCGGGCUGGUAGAUUUUAAUAUUGGACCAGUGAAUUCUGUUCUUAACUUGCCGGACGGGCAGGGCAAGUGAAAUUUUGUAAGGAAUUAUAAUCACAAAAGAACUGUUACAUUUGUAUCAACCCUGCUCAUCAUCGGGCUAGUUAAAAUGACUUUUGGGUUAGUACAUGCUAACUGCAGUUUGCCCAAAUGGGAAGCUGUAAAACUGACUUUCUUUGCACCCUGAACUAAAUGUAAUGAUUAUUGUGCAAUUAUUUUGUGUGAGCUACCAAUCCAAUCAUGGCCCCCUUUUCGAGGCUUAUUCUCCUACAUGAAGUUCGCUGUCAUAAUAAUAUUUGUCUUUGUUUUUAUUGACAUAUUUGUAGUACAGUUACAAUGUCACAAUUUCAUUUAUUACAAACAAAUAUUAUUGACACUAUCAACACUUAAAUUUAAUGGAAUGCAAAUCUUUUAUAGGCUAAGUUCAUCUGAAUGAUAACGAAUACUUCUUUUUUGAACAGGUGGAAUGAGUUGCAGAAUGGAGCGCCUCAGUCUUUCCACUCUUGAAGGUUUGUGAUUCAAUUGAGUUAGCUUUUGACAAGCUUGGGUUGUUAAUAACUGAACAUUGAUGAUGAUGAUGUUGAUUAAAAAAUUAAACUUGUAAUUGUUACUUUUUUUAUAGGAGCUUUGAGCCGAAAGAAGAGGAGCAACGCGUCCUUCACCUUGAGCAACCCCUUUAGGAAGAGGCAAGGCUCAGAUCAAUGA